AUGCGCGGUGUUGCUUCUUCCCUGGCCAGAAAGGGCCAGCUGGGCCAACUCGGCGCUAGAAGCAACCACGUUUGUCGCCAAUGUCGAGCCAUUCAAAUCAGCGCUGCUCCAACAAUUGAUUCCAACUCGGCCGCAUAUCGAGAUGCCUUCGGCUUGCGCACUGAUGCUACCAACAAUGUUGCCGACGCUCGUUUCGAAGUGCUAGGUACACCCUACUCACUCCUCUCGGUGACGCUCUCCGCCUCCCAAAGACUCUACACACGUCGCGGUACACUGGUUGCUGUAUCAGGAAAAGCAGAAAAUGCGCAAUCAACUCUAUCGAUACUCUCCCCAUUAACACGGGCUGUCACCGGUGUACCUUUUCUAUACCAGCGAAUAACUUCCACUUCACCACUCACUGCUCUUAUAUCCUCGAAAUCCCCGACCUCUACGUUCUCAGUGCUCCAACUAGACGGCACUACCGACUGGAUAAUAUCCCAGAGGAAAGCCUUGGUUGCGUGGACUGGGUACUCCCUUUACGUAACUCCCCGCAUACAACGCCAGCUUCCUCUUGCCCACUGGGGCUCUACCGAGUUGACGGGUCGCGGCCUCGCUGCGCUGUCGGCAUCGGGCCAUAUAUAUCAGCUCACAUUAGGCGAGGGCGAGGAGUUUGUGGCACACCCUGCCAAUGUCGUAGCAUAUACUAUCACCAAGCAACCGCCCCUGCCUUUCCGAUUUAAGAGCUCAAGCAUCAGGUUCCAGAUUCCAGCAGUCACAGCAUGGUUUGAAACAAUAAAGUUCUUCCAAAAUAUGCGACAGUCCGAAGUCUACAAAUUCCUUGCCCGCGUAUUUUUCAGCAUGCGGACGACUGCACGUCGCACAAUAUGGGGCGAUAGGCUGUUUCUACAAUUCCGUGGUCCUACGACGAUCCUCAUGUCCAGUCGAGCUUCGCGUGUCAGCGAUGUCUUGACAAAUGCCGAGGUCAACGAGAUCGCAGACACUCCCGCCGGUGCCGUAGAUAUGGCUACGAAAGCAAAAGUCACCGAGGAACCUACCAAAAUCAAAGACGCUGUGAAUGUAGAGACUAGCAUCUCCAGUGGCAAAGAGGAUGGAAAAGCUCAGUUCGAUGAUACGAAGAACCUAAAAGCCUAG